CGGAAGCCUGUUGCGCCACGCCGAAUCCGCUUGUUGGCUUGGAGGACGAAAAGUUUGCUCUUGGCAGGCACCGUCUCUGCAAAGCGCCACUCAGAUCGCGCUUGUUGCUGCACCACCCGCAAUAGAUAAUUCCAAAGAUACCCUCACAUCCCGUCGGAUUCUCUCGAACCGGACGACUUCUCUCGCGCUGCGCGCUUCACGAUGGCGACGGAUUCAUCCUACAAGGACGCCCUCCUCGCCCUGCUAUUGAAGGCAUCUGCGCUCUCCUUUGGCACCUACACCCUCAAAUCCGGCCGCAUAUCACCAUACUUCUUCAACUCUUCCCUUCUGCAUACUUCGGCCCUCUUAGACGCUCUCGCACGUGGUUUUGCUUCAGUGCUAACCUCCCCUCCUUUUUCUCUCCCACUUGGUACCGACGAGGCUGGCGCAGCAGCAGAUGGCUCAUUCGCACCUCAUUUUGAUGUGGUCUUUGGUCCGGCAUACAAAGGGAUCCCAAUGAGCGCGAUCGUGGCUCGAGAGUUGUUUUUCGCCGGACAAAAUUUUGCGGGUGUCUCAUACGCAUACAACAGAAAAGAGGCAAAGGAUCACGGAGAAGGGGGCAUCGUCGCCGGAGCACCGCUUAAAGGCAAGCGAGUAGUCAUUGUUGACGAUGUCAUGACUGCCGGCACUGCCCUGCGAGAAGCUGUCUCUAUCAUCAAGGCUCAGGGGGGCGUCGUGGUUGGGGUGGUCCUUCUCUUGACCAGACAAGAACGGGUCUCUGACGCAGAGCCGAGGAGUGCCAUGAAGGUGGCUGAGGACGAGCUAGGUGUGCCUGUGAGGGCUGUGCUCACAUUCGAAGACUUGCUCGAAGCUAUCCAGGCUGGAAAGGUCGAAGGCGCCGGACAGGAACAACUCGAGCUAAUGAAGGCCUACCGUGAGAAGUAUGGGAGCCAAGAUUGAACCCGGAGAUAUUUUGACUGGCCUCGACUCUUGUCACAUUUGCAGACGAUAGACAUGUGUAUGGAUGGUUCGCGACGAACAACAUAUUUUUAUGAAUGAACGGCUUUUUGAACCUUACA